CGCUGCGUGUCUGUCUGUCUGUAGAUGAGACGAGAAGGAAGAAAAUGCUAGAAAGGGGACCGCGGAUAAUACAACGCUAAGUAAACACACCGUGUCUCAAGGAGACAGGAUAAAGCUACAUUUGACCAAUACAGAAAGGGAGCUGUUUGUGAUAGAGUGGGCAAAGAGAAUUGACCAGAUCACUGUGACUUAAAAUCCACACCCAUAACAUCUUCGCUCUUCAUCAGAGAAUACUAAGUCGCAUUCAAGGACCCCAUCUAACCUACAAACGCAAAUAUGAACACUCACGAUUCGGAGGUGUACACGGUUACACCGGAGAUGCCCGCGAUGUUUGACGGCAUGAAGUUGGCGGCGGUGGCCACGGUUCUCUACGUCAUCGUCCGGUGCCUAAACUUGAAAAGUCCCACUGCUCCACCAGACCUCACAUACCAGGAUACAACACUCAACCACUUCCUGCUCAAGUCCUGUCCUAUCCUGACCAAAGAGUACAUUCCUCCUCUGCUAUGGGGUAAAAGCGGUCAUCUGCAGACAGCACUUUAUGGAAAGUUGGGUCGGGUCAGUUCACCUCACCCAUUCGGCCUGCGCAAAUAUCUACCCAUGCAGGAUGGGGCCACUGCAACUUUUGACCUCUUUGAACCCCUGGCGGAUCAUCAGUCUGGAGAGGACGUCACCAUGGUCAUUUGUCCUGGCAUUGGGAACCACAGUGAGAAGCACUAUAUCCGCACCUUUGUGGACCAUUCGCAGAAACAGGGCUACCGAUGUGCUGUGCUCAAUCACCUCGGGGCCUUGCCGAACAUUGAGCUCACCUCCCCUCGCAUGUUCACCUACGGUUGUACAUGGGAGUUCGCAGCAAUGGUUGGCUUCAUUAAAAAAACAUAUCCCCAAACCAAACUUAUUGUCGUGGGCUUCAGUCUGGGGGGAAAUAUCGUCUGCAAGUUCCUGGGAGAGAACCGUACCAACCAGGAGCGUGUUCUGUGCUGUGUUAGCGUGUGCCAGGGCUACAGUGCACUAAGAGCUCAGGAGACGUUUCUGCAGUGGGACCAGUGUCGUCGUUUCUAUAACUUCCUCAUGGCCGACAACAUGAAGAAGAUCAUUUUGUCCCACAGGAGCUCCUUGUUCGGUAUGGGCUCCACUAAAAUGGUGGAUGCAGAUCUGAGCCGGCUCUAUACUGCCACAUCACUCAUGCAGAUCGAUGACAACAUCAUGAGAAAAUUCCAUGGUCACAACUCUCUGAAGGAAUACUACGAGAAGGAGAGCUGUGUUCAUUACAUUCAUAAUAUAAAUGUGCCUCUGCUGCUGGUGAACUCGGCUGAUGAUCCGCUUGUGCACAACACGUUGCUCACCAUUCCUCGCACACUCGCAGAAAAGAAAGAAAACGUGAUCUUCGCACUGACACUGCACGGUGGACACCUGGGUUUCUUCGAGGGCGCUGUGCUGUUCCCUCAGCCCCUCACCUGGAUGGACAAGGUCAUUGUCGGCUACGUUAAUGCAAUCUGCCAGUGGGAGAAACAGAAACCACCGUGCCUAAGUCAAGGCGCCCAUUCCAGCGAAACCAAAUGCCAAGACAGUAAAUCUUAACCGACCCCGUCUCCGUUGCACCUCCACCGAGACGUUUUCACCGCCGCACACGAGGGGGAUCGGACAACUAUUUUCAAGCGUUCACUGUCAGUGGGGAAUAUGUGUUUCUCUUUUGUAUCACGGUUUAUAAACGACAUGAAUCGUAAUGACUUUUCAAAGGAGAAAACGGAAAAGCCACUCGAUGACCAAAAACAGUCAUAUAACCGGUGUAGCGAGAGCACCUUUUUAUAUUUACUGUAGUUUGUAGUUGUUUAGAUAUGAUCAGUAUAUCUUGCCCUCGAAUUAGGACACUAAAAACUGAUUAGUUAUCACUGCUAAAUAGGAUCGAACAGAGCUGAGCGAAUCUCACAAAAAACA